AAUUGAUAACAAAUUCACAACAGACCUCCACGCGCUCACACACUACUGCUAUUUUAAAACGGACGUCUAAUCUGUUAUUUAUAUUUUUGUGCGACCUAUUUGCGUAUAGGACGUAUGUGCGAUAUCCUCUGAUAGUUUGCGAAAAAAAAUGGAUCCUGACGAAAUUUUUUUCAAUGCGAACGAUUCGAUAAGAUCGUUGAUUUUGGACUGGAGGAAAUUUGCGAAAACCGGUGAAAAUGAGGGAAAAUUCGAUGGAGUUGACGCUAGAAUGUUUUUCAAGGGGUUGGGGAGGUUUUUUUAUAUGGUGAACCCUGACGAGACCACUUUCGAGACUGUGGAAGAAGUGCCCAAUUAUUAUGCCCAAGCAUGGCCCUAUUUCCUGAUGUUUAUUAUCCUAGAAAAUGUUGUGCUAUGGCUAGAGAAGAAACCCACGAUGAGGUUCAAUGACGGUAUCACAAGUUUGUCCCAUGGCCUUGCCCAUGAGUGCUCCAAGUUUGCCUUCAGAAUUGUGGAAAGCUAUUGUUACAUUUCAAUCUACACCAAAUUCAGGCUUUUUGACUUGGAGUGGAACGAUAAGAUGACUUGGUAUCUAGCAGCCUUAUCGAUGGAUUUCUUCUACUACUGGGGCCACAGGGCAAGUCAUGAAGUACACAUUUUGUGGGCUCAACACCAAGUGCAUCACAGUUCUGAAGAAUUCAACACAGCUGUUGGUCUAAGGCAGUCUGUUUUCCAGGGAUUCAGCUUUUUCUUCUAUCUCCCUAUGGCUCUGGUGAUUCCUCCAUCUCUGUUCAUAACCCAUCAUCAGUUCAACCUGCUGUACCAGUUCUGGAUCCAUACAGAAGCUGUAAGGACUCUUGGUCCUUUGGAAUACAUUUUCAACACUCCUCAACACCACAGGGUACACCAUGGAAGUAAUAUAUGGUGUUUGGACAAAAACUAUGGGGGUGUUCUUAUAAUAUGGGACAGACUCUUUGGCACUUUCGCUGGGGAAAAGAAAGACGAAGAAAUAAUUUAUGGAUUGGUGGUCAACAAGCCUUCUUUCAAUCCUCUCAGAUUGCAGACAUUCUACACAGCAUAUGUGUUGCAAAGGUUCAGGGAGAUGAAUAACUGGAGGCUCAAGCUUUGCGCUUUAUUUAUGGGCCCAAGUUGGAGACCUGGUAGCCCUAGAUUGGGACUAGACGAAGAAAAAAUCAAGGUCGGUCCCAGAGAAAAGUACGAUGUGGAGAUAUCCCAGUGGUGCAACCUGUACAUUUUUGUGCACUUCUGCGUUAUACUCUACGGAUAUCAUACAGUCAUGUCACUUUACUCGGAGCUUUCUCCAGUUUUCAUCUUCACGUCGAUCAUCCUAGUUUUCGCCACUUUAACCUCAAUAGGAAUGUUGUUCGAUAACCAUCCAUUGGCCAGCAACCUCGAAGUAGUUCGUUGCUUGUCCUUGGUCCUAGCAAUACAGAACGUUCCAGUUCUGGCCUUCGAUCAGAACUUCUUGCUAGCUAUGGAAGUGCUGUUCUCACUUUCAGGCGUUUUCUGGUUCUUGAAGACUGUGAAUGUGCUUCAUCUAGAUCCUCACGAAAAGCAGAACACACCCUGAUGAGAACGAGAAGACUGAUCGACUGUGUAGAUAUUUAUUAGAAAAUUAUUUAUGAUAGGAGUCUGCGGGUUUUACUGCAGCAUCUUAGUUUUUUAAGAAUUUCCGUUCUGGUAUUUUUAAUCUGUGAUUUUAUGUUAUCUGACUAUUUAUUGUUAUAAUGAGUAUAUAUGAUUGGUUGAUGACGUGCAGAAGAUUAGCAAUCGUUUAGCCCCUGUUGAAAGUUUUUAUUUACAAAAUUUUCAAAAUGUCUAUAUGAAAUCUCAUUAAAAUAUUAAUAAUAUUUAUUCCAAUAUUGAAAUAUUCAAUAAGGUUGCGUAUUGACGACCUUAAAAGGUAGCAAGUGAUACUAUAAUUUAUUUAUAUUUAUUCUGUCAGACUUAAUUUAUUUGAAUAAAUUUUGACUUUAAUUCAGAAACCUUA